UUGUGCGAUAUUUUUAUCGAAAAGGAAGUGAAUUGAAGUGAAGUGAAUGCCGUGAGGAGGUUAUCCUAUGAGGAUGAGUGUCUUAAAUUUAUUACCUGCUUUGUCGCGACUGUCGGUACACGCUAUAUCUGGCGUACGAAACAUAUCAGUAUGUACCGAUCCACUGUACUUCAGAGUCAGCAGUGUACUUUUAGGAGAACCGUUGAAGAAAAAAAAGAGAUUGGAUCCUGCGAUUAUCAGGGCACGAGAAGAAAGAAGACGGAGGAAGUUAGAAAAACAAAUUCGUAGAUUACAAAAGCAAGCUAAGCAGUUGAAACCAAUCAGUGAGAUAGAAGUGUCAUCAAAAUUGAUAAAGGAAAAGGAACAACGACUGCGAAAGCUUCCAUCGAUAUCAGAAGAGGAAGCAGAAUCUAGAGUUUUAUUGCAAAAAGAUUGGACUAAAUUCAAAACUCAACAACAUUUAGCUAACACUCAGACAAUAGAUUCUAUCUUUUAUUCACAGCAAAGAGCACUUGAUGAACUAAGAGCAGAAUCAGAAGACUUAUAUCAAGAAGCAAUACAACUGGAUUUAGAGUUUUUACCACAUACAGCGAAAGGACCAUUAAAAACGCCUCCAAUAGAAAAUUAUGAUAAUCCCGAUGGAGAAUAUACAAAUACCACUCGGAAAUUUGAUGGAGAAGAAUGAGUUUUUUUUGCUGUAAAAAAGGUGGAUUUUUUACAUCAAACGAUUUUACUACCAAAAGUCAAGAAUACAAAUAAAACAUAUAUUUCGAGCUUGAAAUCUGGAUUCGUACAUUUAAUAGUGUUACAUGAAUUUAAUAGAAUAUAGAAAGCGAU